AUGAGGGACCACGGCGACCCACGGGGUGAUGGUCGCGUGCACGUGCUGUGCAUGGGGCCGUUGCGUGGAGCUCUCUGGGUAUUUGGAUUCGGCUGGGUGCUCAAGGGAAAGGAGUCGCGCCUGUCCAUCGAGCUCAUCAUGCGCCUGCACCAGGGUUUGGACCCGGCCUCGGACGUGGACAUCGACGAGAUCGAGUGUUUGCUGGCGAACCUGAUCUACAAGGGAAGCAUCCGCGGGUACAUCGCGCACGAGAAACGCAUUCUUGUCCUCUCCAAGGAUAAGCCCUUCCCCUCGCCGCAGAGCUGA